AUGGCUCUCGUUUACAAAAAAGUUGUCGUGAUCGGUGCCACAUCAGGCAUAGGCAGAGAGAUUGCUAAAAAGGUGGUUGAAUCUGGAUCGUCUGUCAUCGUUGUUGGACGCAGAAAGGAGAAUCUUGAUGAAUUUGUUAGCCAAUAUGGUGGUAAUAAAGUCAAAGCCAAAGUCUUUGAUGUGAUGCAACUACAGCAGGUCCCGCAGUUUGUCUCCGAAGUACUUUCCGAGGAUCCCGAUGUAGACUGUGUAUUUGUCAAUUCUGGAAUUCAACGUCCUUUCGAAUUUACACAACCCGAGACAGUCGACCUCGACAUCUUUGAUCAAGAGCUUGUCACCAACUAUACCGCACCUGUGCACCUAACAAAAGCUUUCCUUCCCCAUUUGCAGAAACAGAAAGCCAAGGGACAAACGGCUAUUGUUUACACGAGCUCACAACUCGCACUGAUUCCCAUGACGAGAGCCCCGAACUACGGCGCGUCGAAAGCUGCACUGCAUCACUUUGUCCUCGCGCUACGAAGCCAACUAUCCAAUGUAGACGGACCCAAGGUGAUUGAACUCUACCCGCCAGCGGUGCAGACCGAGCUUCAUGAUACAAAGCAUCAGCCUGAUCUCAAAGACGGGCACUUGAUGGGGAUGCCUUUGGACGAGUACAUCAACGAGACAUGGACUAGUUUCGUCCAGGGCGAGGAGCAAAUUGCGGUUGGAGGAGCUAAAGAGAUAUUUGACGCAUUUGAACUGAAGAGACAGGAAAUAUACCACCAAUGGAAUGAGCAGGCAGGACAAUUUUUGAAGAAAUUCCUCCGGGAAUAA